AUGUCCGUCCUCGACGCUCUGAAAGGUGUCCUCAAACUCGCCCUCAUCCACGACGGCCUCGCCCGCGGUCUACGUGAAGCAUCCAAGGCUCUCGAUCGUCGCCAAGCGCACAUGUGCGUGCUCAACGAGGCGUGCGAGGAGGAGGCUUACAAGAAACUUGUCAUCGCCCUGUGCUCUGAGCACAAGAUCCCCCUCAUCAAGGUUCCCGACGGCAAGUUGCUGGGCGAGUGGGCCGGUCUCUGCGUGCUCGACCGCGAGGGCAAUGCCCGCAAGGUCGUCAACUGCUCUUGCGUUGUCGUCCGAGACUGGGGCGAGGAGAGCCAGGAGCGUAACGUCCUCUUGAACUAUUUCCAGACUGAGCAGUAG